UAGCGCAAUCGGCCGCCGCAUAAAAUCUUAUUGGAAUUUUAGUUCACCGCUCGAAUCGAAUUCAUUCACUUGUUUGUUGUCUUGCAUUCGCAUACGCGUUCGCGAAUUUCAACGCCGUAAAUUCUACAAUUUCAUUUCUUCUGUUUUGUUAAGUUUCGUUGUGUGUGGUGCAGCUAUUAGAGAACGCAGGAUUUUUAUUUUGCCAAAAUUAAUUAUUGCAACAAAUGUGAAAGAAACAGCAAUAAAACUAAGCAAAUUUACUUAUAAAUCAUAGCGAAAACAUCAAAAAAUCACUUUUCAAAGUUACAUGAAUCGCUUUUAAAAUAGGAAUAAUUUUCAUUUUGUGGGCAUUGUGUGUCGGCGUAGUGCAAUUCGAUAUUUGAAAUAAGAAAUAAAUUUUCUAAACUGCAUUAUUGCAAAAACAAACACUAAGAUAGCUCCGCUGCUGCCAAUUCAAGAGUGUUUUAGUUGCAACUCGAAACUGCAUUAUAGCAAGCAUACGUUAAAAGAAAUUGCAAAAAAUAGUUCUAAUUCUUGCAAACGACAUUAAACAGUGAGAGAAAUUUUUUGAUUUGUGUGCACACUGGUUGAUGGCCGAAAAUAAAGGAAUCAUGCUGGCUAAAUCUGUACAAAAGCACGCUGGACGUGCCAAGGAAAAGAUUUUGCAAAAUUUGGGCAAAGUCGACCGGACUGCCGAUGAUAUUUUCGACGAUCAUUUAAAUAACUUCAAUCGCCAACAAACUAAUGCCAACAGAUUACAAAAGGAGUUCAACAACUACAUCAGAUGUAUUCGUGCCGCUCAAACCGCUUCCAAGUCGCUGAUGGAUGCAAUUUCCGAAAUCUAUGAACCGCACUGGGUCGGCUAUGAUGCAUUGCAGGCACAGACUGGCGCUGCCGAAAGUCUUUGGCAAGACUUCGCCCAUAAAUUGGCAGAUCAAGUAUUGAUUCCGUUGAAUACAUACACUGGACAAUUUCCGGAAAUGAAAAAAAAAGUGGAUAAACGCAAUAGAAAGCUGAUUGACUAUGAUGGCCAACGCCAUUCAUUCCAAAGUCUUCAGGCCAAUGCUAACAAGCGCAAGGAUGAUGUCAAGCUCACGAAAGGACGCGAGCAGCUGGAGGAAGCUCGUCGCACCUAUGAAAUUCUCAAUACCGAGUUGCAUGAUGAGUUGCCCGCCUUAUAUGACUCAAGAAUAUUGUUUUUGGUCACCAACUUGCAGACGCUCUUUGCAACGGAACAAGUGUUUCACAAUGAAACGGCUAAGAUCUACUCCGAACUGGAGGCGAUUGUGGACAAAUUAGCAACGGAUUCUCAACGCGGCUCGAAUACGCUACGAAAGCAAACUAGUAAAUUUAUGGAAAGCACUGCCUUUUCCGCUCCAAGCCCCACAAAGACGUCGCCAUUCAAGCAAAUGAACAACACAAACACCACCAAUAACAGUAACUAUCAAAAUCAGAUCACCACAAAUGGCUCCAGUAAUGUCAACAGUCCAUCAUCCACAUCCACAAGCUCCUCACAUCAAACAUCCAGGCUUGACUCAGUUUCUCCAACACCAGAAUCGACACCGGAAAAUUUGAAAGCCGCCGACAACACUGCUGCAGCCGCCAACGUCUCAAGCCCCAGCACCGGCCCCGCAUCGACGCCGGGCAGUAGCCCCCUAAUCGGCACCAUAACGCCACCUCCAUAUCAGAGUGCCGCAACUGAUCUGCUUGCAAAUGCUACGCGUGCAGCGACGCUCAAUAACAGCAACAGCAAUGGCGGUGUUGAACAACGUCCAGUUGCCACGCCGGAUAGUCCCAAUGCGAAUACAACGCUCCCCCCGGCUGCGGCCGGUCUAAACGACAGCGCUGCUGCUGCGGGAGCCAAGCCCAACGCUGCGAUUGAAGUGGCAGUCAACAACAAGGAAAACGAUGUCUCGAAUGCGUCAGCAACAACAACAGCGCCAAACACAACGAACACAGACGAAGGCAGCAGCAGCAGCAACACAGCAAGGAAAUCUUUGAAGCUCACACCGGAACAGCUAAAUGGCAAUGCUAAUGGCAACAUCAGUGAAAAUGCCGCGGCGCCGCAAUCAGCCAACGCCGACGCCAAUGUCAAUGUCAAUGCGAACGCCAGCACAGCUGCCGCAACGGCAGCGCCACAAGCAGCAGCAACGCCGACGCCAACAGCGACCGAUGUGAACAACGGCAAUGCGACGGAUGAGACGAAUAAGAAAUCAGGAGGUAAAGUCAUACAAAAGUCACCAAAAAGACACAAAGCACAGUUAUUGAACCCAUUGAAUUUGAUUCGUAAAUCACGCGCUGCCGCGUCCAAUAAAAGCGAAAGUGUUGUUGUUGUUGAAAAGCGUGCCCCUACCAAUGACCUUAAUAUUAUUGAUAAUGUAGCUACAACAGACAAAAAUGUUGAUGAGCCAAAUCUCAAUAUUGAAAAAAGUCAAAAGGUAGCCGCGCCGGUUAGUAAAAAUCCUUUCGAAGAUGAUGAACAAAUCUACGAGAUACCAACCGAUGCCACCACAUCGGAUUUGCCAGCGGGUGUGCUUUACCGUGUCAAGGCCACCUAUGGCUAUGUGAAGGAGGAUGUCGAUGAGCUCAGCUUUGAGGUUGGCGAUAUAAUACGCGUUAUUGAAUACGACGAUCCAGAGGAUCAGGAGGAAGGCUGGCUGAUGGGACAAAAGGAGGGCACAAACGAGAAGGGUCUGUUCCCAGCCAACUUUACACGACCCAUCUAGGCCGGCGUACAGGCGGAGAGCAAGCGAACAAGCAAGCAAGCAACAGAACAGCAGCAGGCCAGUGCAACGAACAAAAGCAGAAAGCAGUAACAAUAAAUAAAGCAGAAUAAGAAGCAAAAGCAGAAGCAGAAGCCACCACAUAAAAGAAAAUAUUUAAGAAAAUAAAAAGUUAAAAGUUUAAGCAAAAGUAGUGAAUGACAGUUAAAGCAACCCGAAGUAUGUUUACGACAAUGGCAAAUGGCAAAUUAAAUUGGCUGCAACGAAUGGGUUUUUAUUGUUAAUUUUGUUUUUAUAAAUAUGUAUUUAUAAAUUAAUUUUUUUUUUUUCUGUAGAAAAAUCUAUUUUACUCUAUUAUCCUGAAACACGCAAAAAUCGAAAAGGCAACAGUUAAAAUUUGUUUAGAAAAAUGUGUAUAUAAAAUAUAUACCUACAUAUGUGCAUUAUUGUAUAUUUUAUUUAAUAUAUAUUUUGAUUGUAUGUAUUUGGUAUAACGUUUCGAACACAAUUGCUGCGAACUUUUUGUUUUUUUGUUGGUAAAUAUUUUUGUUUUAACAAAUGAAAUGUAAAUUAAAGCAAUUUUAGUAAACAAAAUUUAAUAUUAUGGGGAAUAUUAACACAUAAUUUUUUUUUUUAAUUUUUAAGCAAGCAGUAACAUUUAUUUUUUUGACAAAAACAAUAAAAGUGCCAAUUUUGGUAUUUAUGUGGCGUUACACAUACAUAUAAACGUGCUAUGUACAUAAAUAUCUAAAUUUACGGAAUACACAUAAUUUUUAAAGUCGUUGAAAUUUGUAAAUGUCUGCGUUUUGCUUUGGCGGUGUGUUUCUUUUUUUUUAAUUUUCUUCUCCACAGCGCUUCCUUAUAUUAUAAUUAUUGAAUGCGAAUAGCGUGCCGUUAUUUCAAUUCGAUAUGCAAUUUAUUUAUUCGUUUAUGAACAUAUCCGUUUUCGUUUAUCAACAAAAACUCAACAGAAGUCAAAGUUGAGUCAAAUUUUAUUGUUAUUGUUAAUUUUUUAAUAUAUAUACAAACAUAUAUACUUAUAUGUAUAUAUAGAUAAUAAAUAACUAAGUUUCAAUUGAACAUAUUAUAAUUAAAUAACAGCUGGCCAAAAGCGCUGAAUAAUAUUUAUUAACAUAAUAUUUAUUUUUAUGAAUAUAAUGUGAUUGGAAUUUAAUUAAGUAAAAAAACACAAUAAACACUUUGAUAAAUAAUCGUUAGCUGCAAUAAAAAAAAUUUUAACAAUUUAUUUAAGAGAUUUUCGAAAAUGCUUUUUAAAAAUUUUCAAAACACUUUGAUAAAUAAUCGUUAGCUGCAAUAAAAAAAAUUUUAACAAUUUAUUUAAGAAAUUUUCGAAAAUGUUUUUUGAAAAUUUUUCAAAAUUUUUAAUUUUGUUAGAAAGAAAACAAUUAAAAGCGUAAUUAAUUUUAUUGAUAAGAAACAAAAACAAUUAAAUAAUGCAAUUAAUUUCCUUAAAGCGAACAAUAGUUGUGGAAAAAAGUUAUUAAUUUCCUUAAAGUCAACAGUAAAUGUUGAAAAAUGGCAAACUAGUUGGUAUACCAACGAGUGUGAGGCAUAUAUAAAUCGUAACAUAUUCAAAAAAUAAAUUAAAUCAUGCAUAUGAAAGUAAUUAAAUUAAUACAUACACACAUACAUAUAUACAAUCUUAUAAAUUUAACAAUUUUAUAGUAAUGAUGAAAAUAAAACAAAAAAAAAAAGUUCACGCGGCCACAAACCUGUUUUCAGGCAUUUUUUCGCUAUUCAAAAUAUUUAGGAAAAUCAACAUACAAGUUCGACGCAAAUAUACACUUUACACAUUUGCCCCCCACGGUAGUCAGAAUUUUUGCGCAAACCCUACAAAAGUACUUUAAAAAGUGCUAUGUAUGUUUGUGCAUAAAUAUUAUUGACAUAUGUAUAAAAACAAUAACAGUCAACCGACUUUAGUAGUUAAGUCUAUAAAAUUAAAAAAGAAAAGAUAAAAAUAUUGAAGUUAAUAGCGUACCAAAAUAAUAAUAAUAAUUUUGAUAUACUUACAUAAAUUAUGAUAACAGCAAAUACAAGUAUAAAUGUCACGAGACGUAACAACAAUUUUUUGACAUAAACAUAAUACAGUUAUAAAAAACCAAAAACAAAAAAAUAUGUAUAAAUAAAUAAAUUAAAUUAAAUAAAGCCAGUGCCAACAUAUAGCCGAUUAGUGCGUCUUUGCAACCAAACACACAUUUCAAAAAUCAAAAGUCAUUUGCUGAGCCAAAAGAUUUAUACUUACAUACACGUAUAUGCAUACAAAUUGUAUUUGAAUCGGUGAAAAAUAAAUAUGUUAAACUAAA